AUGCCUACCUGCAGGCGCAAACGCGUGCUGCUCACAGAGCCCUCUCCGGAGCUCCUCUCCGCUCUCAAGACUGAUCCAAUCAAGGAGGUCUACUACCUAGCCCAGACUGGAGAAAUAUUCGAGACAUACGAGACAUAUGCUGCGCGGAUGUCGUUCUAUCGCCUCAAACAGUUCCAAUGUGAAGUCACCGGCAAGAGCGGUUUGGACUACUUCCAGGCCCUUGAGAGUGAAAGACAAGAAGCUCGCACCAUGCACUCGAGGUUCCCCGACCCUCUCAAAGCUGCCGUCCUGAAAGCCGUGCAGUGGCUUGCCGAGGAUCUCAAAGUCUCGGUCAAGGAUUCCAUCGCGAAGGAUGAUCCAACCAAGUACGAUUACACGGUCCAGAUUCUGGAUGAGGAUCAGCAGCCUGGCUCGGGGAGAAGCCACGAGAGGAGCAAAGGGAAGGACGCAGCGAAGUGGAGCGGAACGUGCUUGCGGGUAGGAUGUUCCAUGAUGAGUCGCGACCGUCUAACAUUCUCGAAAUCAAUCCUACGGCGCUUCAUUCGUGACUGCGUUGACCGGGCCCCAGCUGUGGCUUCGCCAUGGACCGUUAAGCCAGCGAUUGCCGAGCGGUACGGUGUCGACACGGUGAUGCCAGAAGAAACGAGACGGGGAGUUGAAAGCAUCAAGAAGGGUGAGAUCGACAAACGGAAGAAGGUCUGGGAGGACAAGGAAGGUCCUGCGACGAAGAAACAAAAGAAGAUGACCGCAGCUGCCGAGGAGAAGGUGAAAGCCCUCGCUGCCGUUGCUGAGAAAAGGGAGCGCGACGCACGCGAGAAAGCGGAGAAACUACAGAAAGCUAAGGAAGAGAAUGAACGACUCGCCGCUGAGAAAAAGAAAAAGAAGCCUAUACGAUACCCAACAGAGGACCUGGAUGUUGUCAUUGGGGAUAGAGAAAAGAAGGCUGGCAUGAAACUGAAACGACCUGUGCCAAGCUAUGUCUCAAUGCCCUUCGGUAACGAUACAACCUCGAACGAGGCCUUCCUCAUGACUUGGAACUUCCUUGUUGUAUAUGGGCAGCCUCUACAUUUAUCGCCGUUUACGAUGGAUGAGUUUGAGCAGGCUCUGCGGCACUCAAUACCCGACGUGCCGUGUACUCUGCUGGCGGAGAUACACGCGACGCUAAUUUACAACUUGCGCACUGUUCCCUUCAAUCGGCAUAGCGCAGCGGUGUCCCUUAUACGUGAGAGGGAUGAAGGAGGUGAGAAUGACGGAGUUCUUGGUGUGCCUAUGGGCACGCUUGUCAGUGCAAUGGCCGAUGUGGGCAAUAACUGGGAGCGAGCCCCGCUACGACAUUCGGAAGGCCGCGAAGGUUGGGAAGAAUCUCUCGUUGGAUGUCUCAAAGAUCACGCGAACUUUGGAAACUUCCCGCGGAUACGCGAGAUCCUCACCCAACUUUUGUUCAGCCCAGAGUCCACGAACGAGCCGUCGACAUCUUCUGUAGCCUCUCAACCAUCUAGCCCUGUUCCCAUGCCCUUGAAGACCCCGGCGGAUCCCAACCGACGUGCGCAAGAGUACCUAACAGAUUCUAUCUCUGCGUCCGCUUCUAGCACGUCAGACGACGAGGCUUUUCAGGAGCCUGAGGAGCCAGUGUUUGAGGAGAACGAGCCCGAGAUCACUUUCACUCGCGAAGACCAGCCUUAUGAUGGCGUAGUGAGCAACCUCCAGUGGGACGAAGACUUAACAUCAGGUCCCUCGCAAGUAGGCCGCGUGCAAAGCCAACGGUUUCUCGUGCCAGGACCGCGUCGUCAACUCACUCGUGCUUCUACGACCUCGAUCGCAAUUCCUACUACACCUACUCCAACAGCGGAGGAACGCACGCCUUUGCUGAGCGCAUCCCCUGUCGAGUCUUAUGUUGUCAACGCAGUCGAUCCCCCGGCUGCAGUGCAAACGACCUUAAAUGUUCAAAGUGCUGUUUCUAGUCUAGUAGCGCGCAAGCCCUCCCAGCGGAGCAUGCGAGCAGGGAACACGAAAGCACCCACGGGACACAGCACAUUCGGUCAAACACUAUUCAAUGCCAUUGCCAUCUUGUUAGGCAUAGGCAUGCUAUCCGAGCCAUUGGCAUUCGCCUUCGCCGGUUGGAUUGGUGGUACAGCGAUCAUCAUCUCCUACGGCUUGAUCACCUGCUAUACUGCCAAGAUCCUCGCCCGUAUCAUCUUGAGUGAUCCCCGUUUGAAGUCUUACUCGGAUAUCGGUCGAAAAGCUUUCGGUCCUCAGUCUGGCCCGUGGAUCAGCGCCAUAUUCUGUCUGGAACUGUUUACCGUCAGGUCAGCACAGCUCAAUCUCACGAUUGAGAUGAUGCUCGGCAUUGAGACCGGCCCCAUUUUCGCCGAUGACCAUGGGGCGAAACCCACCUCUCAGGACAUGGAAUCAGCUGUCACCAACACCAAGGGCGGUCGAACAUUGAACCACAUCUUGACUGCCGUUGAACGUGCCUUAUUCACGCUGUGCUCCGUCGUGGUGUCGAUUUUUGUGCCGGAAUUUUCUUCCAUGAUGGCUUUCCUCGGUGCAUUCUCCUCAUUCUUGCUGUGUGUCAUUGGACCCAUCUCCGCGAAGAUUGCCCUUGCCCGACGUUGCGGUUUCUGGGACGGGUUCCUACUCGUGACUGGGGUCAUCAUGGCCGCAUGGGGUACGAUUGCGGCAUUCUGGUCGAUGCAGUAA